UUAUAAUUAUGGAAGAAGCUCCAACAGCAAGUUCAGGUAUGCAGCCUAGUAAAGGAUCAGGAGGAAAUUAUAAAAACGAAUAUGCAACGAUCUCAGCCACCAGCUCCACCAAUGAAAACCCUGCUCUUCAAAGGCUCAACCACCUCCAGAAAAUGGAAAAAUAAGUCUUGGAGAGGAAUCAGAGCUGAGUGCACUGGAAGACCUGGAACCUGCACUCUGCUCAACAAGAAGAGGUUCUUUCCGGUGUCUGAGCUUCAGAAAGAAAGCGACAACCAGAACAAAAUAUUCAUGGCAGCCCUAAGCAAGCUGGCUGAACUCGAAGCCAAGAAGAAAUAAGUCAGGCGUGGCCAGCAGCGCUUCAUCUUCGAUGAGCAUGACUAGUCCGUCGAAUACAACAAGCGCAUCAGGUUCUACCAAAGACGGGUCAUAUGCAAGCAAGAGCGGUGCUAAGGCAACAUCAGGCUCGAAGUCUUUGCAGGACUAUUUGAGUUUCAAAGCCAUAAAGGAGCAUCAGUGGGUGUCUGGGCCACCAUCAACACACUUGUACACGAGAGGAGGGAAUGCUGAUUACUCGGAGCUAUCUUACAAACUUCUGAAAUGAGAAGCUAGAUGUGUGAGAUCUACUCUUGAAACUCAUGGAUUCGUUUAUACUGAAUCUCAUGAUUGGAAUUUACUCUGGCUUGCAUCCUCUGGUAAGCCAUAUCUUUAUGAUGGCCUGAACGAAUAUCAGAAGAUCAACCAUUAUCCAUCUAGCUAUGAGAUCACUAGAAAGGAUAAGUUAUGUCUUAAUGUGCUCAAAAUGCAAGAAAAGUUUGGAAAGAUGAACUUCUAUAUCAUCCCCGAUACUUUCUUGCUCCCUGAUGAAUUUGCAGAUUUCUUCGCUGAAUUUCAUCAAGUUAAAAAUAAUGAAGGAAGAAAGCCUCUAUGGAUUGUAAAACCAAAUGCUUCUUGCCAAGGAAAAGGAAUCUAUCUUAUAGAUGACAUUAAUGAUAUUGACUUGGACGAGUCUUGUGUCAUCAGUAAAUACAUCCCAAAUCCUCUCCUGAUUAAUGGCCAUAAAUUUGAUCUCAGAAUAUAUGUCCUUGUCACAUCUUGGGAUCCUCUCAGAGUUUAUGUCUACAAAGAAGGACUAACCAGAUUCGCUACUGAAGAAUAUACCACUGCAAGUAAUAAAAAGAGUAGAUUCAUUCAUCUUACUAAUUACUCACUAAAUAAGAAGAACACUAAUUGGAAGACCAAUGAAGAAUGAGAUAGAGAUGACUUCGGAUUUAAAUGGUCAAUUACUGCUCUCUGUAAACACCUUGAGCAAAUUGGUAUUGACAUGAACCUUCUCUGGUCUAAAGUGUAUGAUGUUAUCAUUAAGGCUUUACUGUGAGGAGAGCAUCCAAUCCUGACAGCAAUGAAAAGAAACUUAUCCUAUAGAACAAACUGUUUCGAACUGCUUGGGUUUGACAUUAUUUUUGACUCUGAUCUAAAGCCAUGGCUGUUAGAGAUUAACUUAUCCCCAUCGUUAAGUUACGAUUCUCCGUUAGAUUUUAUCAUCAAGACCAAUCUUGUCGCCGAUACUCUGAACUUAAUAGGGAUCCAUAAGUUCGAUAGAAGAAGAGAAAGCAUGAACAAAAUGAGAAAUAGGAUGAAAGGAAUGUAUAAAGGCAAAGGAGGAUAUACCACUAAGACAGGAAGUAGCAACCUUAAAGGCCUCUUCUCAGAUGAAGGAGAAGAAGGAAUCAAAUUUGGAACUAUCUCUAAAGAAAUGGAGAAGCUUAUCAAUGAGAGUGAUUGUGACCCAGAAUUUAAAGAGCUCAUGAUGAAGAUGGCUAGGCUAAAGAAUAGAGAUCUCAUCAAAGAAAUUGUUGCUGAAUAUGAGAGGAGAGGAAAUUUCGUCAGAAUCUAUCCUGCUCCAGGAUGUAAUGAAUAUGAGAAAUAUUUCCAAUAUCAGAAGACAAUCAACAAGUAUGUCUACAAAGUGCUUUUUGAUGGUGAAUUAAUAAGUAAACAAGAUAUUGAUUUGAAAGCCAGCUAUAAGCUAAACUAUGAUGUACCCAAGCUUUCAUCUUAUCAACAAGUGAGAGAAGAAGCAAAGUUUAUUAAGGCUAGAUCAAGCGUAACAGCUAGUGAUGCUAGUACAGCUGAUGAUUCAAAUAAGUUGCCAAAGAUAGGCAAAAAGUCUACAGAAAAUAACAAAGUAGUUAUCACUGGAGAUGAUGUAUUAAUCGAGUACGUCUCUAGAUUAAUCAAGAAGUGAUAUGACGAGACUAAAAUAGUCCCUAAAGAUUUGGAGUGUAUAGAGAGCUUUAUCUCUCACUAUGUCUGGCAUGACGAUGAUCUUCCCAAGUCUUCUAUUCAAAAGCGUUUGCAAAACAGGUUAGAUGAAAUGAUAUCUCGUAGAAAGAAACUUUUAAAAACUCUAUGCAAGAAAGAGCUUGUGUCUGGUACUUAUACUGGAAGUGAAGGAUCUGGGACAAUCCAAGCUAUGAUUGAUCAUAAAGAGAAUCAGAAGUCUUCUCUCCUAGAAAAUUUUAAUGUCAGCUAUUUAGAAGAAAUGCUCAAAAGCACAACUAAGAGUAUAGCUAAGGAUGUUGUCAGUACUUUAAUAAAUGCUGAGAGAGCCGGUGUCCUUGUUAAUAUUGCAAAAAGAGAGAAGAGCACCAAUAAAACACUUUGGGAUGGCAGUUCUGAUAAGAUAGAUGCUCUCAAACAUACUGAGGCUAAAACAAUGACAAAAUUAAGUGAUGGAAAGUCGCCAGGAAUUGUGAAAACAACCCAGCCUCCACAGAAAAUAGCCAAAUCUCAGAACAAAUUUUCAUAACUAGAUCUCUUUAAGUGAAUUUCCUCAAA